AUGCUGAAUCUGCUGCAUUUCCACCACCCUAACGGGAAGAAGAGCUACUACCAAUACGGACAGGCUUUUAUCCCUGUCGCCGGUAAGCGCGGCGGGAAUGCAAAGCUCGUAGGGAAUGUGGUCAGACCCGCUUCGAGCGCCCAGGUAGACUCGCGGGGAAGCGUGCAUCGACCAGAGGCAGACUGGUGGAACGAAAUCUCGCUGGUGCAUUACCCGUCCAUCAGGCAUUUCUGCGAUAUGCUGGCUGGAGAGGACUACCAGGCGAUCAAUGAGAAGUAUCGCUUGUCUGCUCUUCGAGAUACGUUCUUGCUUUGCACAACCGAGUUCGACGUGGAGUCUUCACCUGCCAAGCUAUGA